AAGAAAACAGCUAAAAGAAUUAAAAUUUUUUUAUUAACACAUUAUUUCGCUUGGAUUUGAUAUUCUGAGGGCAUAUAUUGACUGACAGUUAGAACAUUAGAAUUCAUUUCGGACAAGAAACAAAUCGAAGACCCUGUUUUGCAUUACACAAGCGCAUGAAAUCUGUCAAAUUCUCGGAUCAAAGCAAAAAAAUAAGCAACUGUGUAUUUUCAUUGAUUAUGCAGGUAGCGCUUCAUAGAUUCUUAAAAAUGCCGGAUAUAUUAAGCUGCGACUUUGAAGUUCAUGGCAUCGUACAAGGAGUAUCCUUUAGAAUGUAUACUACAAGGCAAGCAAACUCUUUGGGUGUGAGAGGAUGGUGUAUGAACACACCACACGAUACCGUUAAGGGGCAAAUCGAAGGUACACCUGAAACCUUCGAGCAAAUGAAAAUAUGGUUGCAAAAAACUGGAAGUCCGGCGAGUCGCAUUGAUAGGACAGACUUUGGCGGAACGAGAAAAUUACAGGAGUUUACAUUUACAAAUUUUUCAAUUCGUCAUUAAGUUUACUUGUCAUAUACAUAAACGAACAUGUACAUAUUAAGGAAGUAUUUUUAAACAGAUUAAUUAAAGUCACUUGUACAAA